AGCAGAGAUGCUUUUAGGGGAUGGUCUACCUCACCGACAAAACUUAGCCUCAAAUAUUCCUACAAGAGACGCCUUACCAGAGGAUGGGUUCUUCUAAUCUGUACGAGCCUGAGGUCCCGGACUACUAUGCAGAUCUAGGGAUACUACAGCAGGCUAGCCUUCAAGAUAUUAAGGCGGCUUUUCGAAAGUUGGCGAGAAAGUACCAUCCAGAUAAACAGGCUCCUGGCCAGUCUAUCGAUGCUUAUGAAUUUCGCAAGGUACGGGAGGCUUACGAAUACUUGACGGAUAAGGACAACCGGCAGGCAUACGAUGCUUAUUACCCUGAACUACGGGAGAGGUGGGCUAAAUAUAAGGCAUGGAGAGAAAAUGAGCAUAGGUUUGAAGAGGAGAGACGGGCCGAACAAGAACGGCGAGCCGCUAGAGCAAAAGCAGAAGAAGAUAAAAAGGCGGCAGAAUCUGAGAGAGUACGUAAAAUGAAGGAAGAAAUAAAAGCCGCUAUGGAAAGAGAGAGAAAUGAAAAGAUAAGAAAGGAAAAAGUAAGGCAGGCUGAAGAGCGCUCUCGGGAGACUGCGCGAAGAGCUCGUGAGCAACAAGAACAGGCCGCGAAAGAAAGACUUCGUAGGCAAAAGGAAAAGGAAGCAGAGAAGAGAUCGGAAGAGGCAGCAAGAAAAGCCAGGGUCGAACGAGAACAAGCAGCACGAGAACGCUUGAAGACCAUUUCAAUUGAAGAAAAGCAAGAAGCUUCUCGUCAAAACUGGGCUAAGAUGCGUGAAGCGGCAGAUCAAAGAGAAGCAACAAAGCGACAACAAACCAGGCCCGAGCAGUCCAGACCUACGCAACAGCGCGAAGAAGCUCGUCCCCGAUACACCUGGAGAGAGCGAAUGGCUACGAAAGAGCAACAGGAGGGGGCUUCACGAACUGUACCCUCGCGGGUGCAACCGGAAAAGGCUGCACGAGCUACGCCUCCAAUGCCCCAUACGAGGCCGGGUCUUCGACCUCAGCCUAUCUGGAGAGACAGAGUUGUUAGAAAUGGACAAGAGGGGGGCCCUCCACGGACUGUACCUUUGCAGCCUUCUAGGAAUCCCACGCCCCUAUUUGCUUGGCGAGAGAGAGAAGCGGCUAAAAAUUCCAAUACUACUCCAAGAGCUGUAUAA